AUGAAAAAGGAUUUAUUGUGGAAAUUUAUUUUACUUUUCUGUUUAAAAAUGAAUUAUUCCAUGUUUCAAGAUCAUAUUAUCAUGUGGGAUAUUGAGAAUAAAUUAUUUUCAUCGAACGUAACAAUGUUCAGAGUAAAAGAAGGUGACAAUAUAGUUUUUAUAUGUCCUAGUGAUGUGAGAAGAAGUCAAAAAUUAUUUUGGACAAUGAGCAAAAAAACGUACGAUGAUUGUGGUGCACCUAGCUCGUCUCAAACUGUGAAGCUAUUGGACUGCAGUCAAAGCCCCAAAAACACAGAGUUCAUUUUAAAAGUAGCACAGUUUUCAGAAAUUCCUUAUUCUCCACAUUUUCGAGAAAACGAUUUUGUUUACUUUUUGGGUCAGCAUGAUUUAUGCUCGAUUUACAAUCUUCGUAUUGCUGUUAAAUUAGUCCCAGCUAAAAGUGUAAAUAAUAAUCAAGGGUUAUCAACAUCAAAUCAGAAAUUAAAUAAUUUUGUUAAUGACAAAGAUAAUUCUCCUAAUACUGUUACCUCAGAUACAUAUAAAUUAAAUCCACACAGAACUGAAACAUUAUCAGCAUGGACACGUUAUAGAUUUCUUCUCAUUCCAGGUUCACUUGGUUUUCUUACAUUGAUUGGAAUACAGGCUGUGAUUUGUGCAUUAUGGCAUCCAAAGAAAUCAACUCAAUGUAGAAUAUGUUGUUCAUCACAUAUAGUAAAUAAAUCAAACGAUACAACUAAUGAUACAAAUGAAAUAUCUAUAACACCUAUCGAAAUGUUAGAAACAUCAUUUACUAGAAAAUCAUUUGAAAAUCAUCAAAAUCAAUCUAUUCAAACAAAUACACUCAUAACUCAAUCAACUUUAAAUGAACAAUAUAAUAAAGAAAAUUUUAUGAAUAAUUCUAAACGAAAUUCUGAUAUUGUUAACAUUGUACAAGAUACAUAUACAUUAAAUAAAUGUAUUUUAGAUAAAUCACCAUCUACUAUUCAAGUAAUUACAAAUAAUGAAGUACCAAUAUUAACAAUACCAACAACACAAACAUCAUUAACAAAUAAUAAUUAUGAUGUACAGUUUUAUACUUGUCCAUAUCCUAUUGAUAAUAAUUUAACAUGUUUAGUUCCAGUGAAAGUUAAUAAAUCCACUGACAUCUUUUCUACUGAUAUAGUUAAUUUAGGAAGUGUUAUUAAUAUAUCUGUAUAA